AUGAAAAAAUGGUUUGCAGCACCAGAUAAUUUCGACCAGCUGAUUUCGGCAUUCGUAAACCAAUAUUCGAUCUUCAUCGAAUCAGAAGUUUCGGAAGCCGAUCUCUGGAAGCUUUCUCAAGCUCCAAACGAAUCACUUCGAUCCUACGUCAAUAGAUUCAAAGAAAUCAUUGCUAAGAUCGAAAACCCUAACGAGGCAGUAGCUCUACUAGCCUUCCGAAACAACCUGUGGUACAAAUCAAAAUUCAGAGAAGAACUAAUCGUUCGACCUCCUGUAUCACUCGACGAUGCACUUCGCUGUGCGUCAACCUUUGCUACUCUCGAAGAGAAGAUCAAUCUCCUCCUAGAAAGACAUCGCAAAGAAGGAUUACCGCAACACUUUCUUUCAUUUGCGAACUCAAUUCUCAAACCCAACCCGAGUUCCGAUUUAGAGAAGUUCUGCGAACAUCACCAAAUCUACGGCCAUUCCACCGACGAAUGCCGAGUCAGAGCUAAGGAAUUAGCUAAAAAGCGGAGAGCUGAGGCAAAAAUUGAAAAAGCCAAUCAGCCCUCAUCGAACGAUAACGACAAAGCACCCCGAAAAAGGGAACGCGAGAUCGGAAUCAUCUCCCAAGAAUCACCUCUUUCACAUAAGAAGCGAUUCGACUCGACCCGGUGUUCAGAGAGCUCAGCUCACGCCGCAGCUCAAUGA